AUGUGUUUCUCUUUGGAGUGUCUUCUUAAUUUCAUGAACUAUAAAAAGGGAACGAUGGAAAUGAAUUUCUACAGUGCCUUCUAUGGUGUUGGGUGGAAAUAUGGCAUCUCCCUCCCUUGUGGUCCUGGAGCAUUGGUCCCGUUGGUGCUUCUGCCUUCUCCAGACUCUUCAAUAAGUGGUAUCAGAGUCUGGUUCAGUUUGGUGGAGGAGCAGGAGUUAGAUCCUGUGUUGGAUCCUGUUAUAGUAUGUCGGAGACUCACACUUGUAUUCAGAAACAAAUGUGUACGCAUGGCAUCACCAAUUCAGAUUGCGAGACAAUCACCUAUAAAACGACGAAGGAAGAACAUAUCUCCGCGUAAUUUGCCUAAGAUUACUGAUCAAGAAUUACAGCAAUUAUCUGGAGAUUUAAAUUCCACCAUUGUACCGCUGUUUGAGAAGACAUUGACAGCGAGUGAUGUUGGUCGACUUGGUCGCAUGGUUCUUCCGAAACCAUGCGUUGAAGCAUAUUUUCCUCCGAUUUCGGAACCAGGGGGCAUUUAUUUACAUAUUGAAGAUGUGAAAAGGAAGAAACUGAUGUUUAGAUUUAGAUUUUGGCCAAAUAAUAGCAGCAGGAUAUAUGUUUUAGAAGGUGUACAUCCUUGGAUUCAGUCUAUGCAAUUGCAAGCUGGAGAUUUCGUAACAUUUAGCCGAAUGGACCCUGGGGAGAUACUAAUAAUAGGGUUUCGAAAGACGUCAAAUUCUUCUACGCAGGUGCAUGAAGUCACUUUGUCUAAAGGCAUGAAAAGAGAUGGAAUGUAUCUGCCACAAGAGCUAGUUCCUGAGAAGAAACAAAUAACAUGUGACAUUGGUUCAAAAAGCAAGAGGCUGGUUAUUGAUAACCAAGAUGCAUUGAUGUUGAAGCUUAGUUGGAAAGAGGCUCAAGAUUUUCUUCACCCAUCACCAUCAGUUAAUUCAAACGUUGUGGUGAUUGAGGAUCAUGUUUUUGAAGAAUAUGAAGAACCUCCUAUCAUUGCAAAGAGAGGAAUAUUCUUAAACGGGAUGAAUGAGAAAUGGAUACAGUGUGAUAAGUGCUCGGAAUGGAGGAAGUUGGGAUCUGUGGAGAAUUUAUUGAACCAGAGAAGGUGCUCAUGUUCUGCUCCCAUGAAUUGA